UCAUUCACCGGAUCGAAACUUCUUCCAACGAGCAGCAAUGGAGAUCAUCGGUAACGUUAAGAAUUACGAAUGGGGCAAACUUGGACGACAAUCGUUUGUUGCCCAGCUCGCGCAAGCAAACAAUCCACAGCUCAAGGUGGAGGACGAAUCUCCGUACGCGGAGCUUUGGAUGGGUGACCACGUUAACGGGCCGGCCACGGUAAAAAGUGAUAGCAAAGGGUUAGACGAGGUGAUACAGGCUGAUCCGCACGGUAUGAUUGGCACGGCCGAUGGACGACUGCCGUUUCUCCUCAAGGUGUUGAGCAUUCGGAAGGCACUCAGUGUGCAGGUUCAUCCGGAUAAGGUGGAGGCGGAGAAGCUACACCGUCAGUUUCCGGAUAUUUACAAGGAUCCGAACCAUAAGCCGGAGUUGGCAAUUGCGUUGACUGAGUUUCAGGCAUUGUGUGGCUUUCGGCCGUACGCAGAAAUAGACGGGUUUCUGCAGGAAAAUCCCGAACUGCAGGAAUUGCUUGGGCCAAAUGUUUUAACGAAAUUUCAAGCCAAGGACGAAUCAGCGGUUAAGUUUGCUUACGAACGCCUAAUGCACAGUGCGCCGGAUGAUGUUAAACGUUGCAUCGACGGUAUCGCCAAACGGAUGGUUGGGUUUGAAAAAACGUCCAAGGAAAUGGACCAUCUGUUCAUGCGUCUGUACGCCGACUUUGGGCAGGAUGUGGGUGUAUUGUCGAUCUAUUUUCUCAACUACCUCCAACUAAAUCCAGGGCAAGCGAUCUAUCUGGCGGCGAAUGUACCGCACGCCUACCUCGACGGUGACUGCGUCGAGUGCAUGGCCUGUUCGGAUAAUGUAGUGCGGGCUGGAUUGACACCAAAGUUCAAGGAUGUCGACACACUGCUACGGUUGGUGUCUUACGACUGCUUGCCCGGUGAAAGUAUGCUGUUUCAGCCAAAAGUUUUGCAUCCCAAAGAUGAACCGUACACACGCACAUUCGUGCCUCCAGUGCCAGACUUUGCUGUAGCGGAGCUACGGCUACCAACCGAUGUGCGGGAGUACAGCGUUAGCAAUCCUAUCAAUGGAUCAAUUCUACUCGUCAUUAACGGUAAAGGAAAAUUGAAAGUUGCCGAAUCGGAAAUUGAGAUGAGCAUGGGAAAAAUUAUCUUCUUGCCCAGCAGUGCUGGAAGAAAGCUACAACUAAAGGUGGAGGACGCUAAUGAACCAUUUCUAGCGUUCCAGGCAAUGUCCAAUCAGUUCGAAUAAUGUGCUUGCUUAAGGAACUGUCGUGUUUAGUUAUUUAUUUUUGAAUCUUUAUUUGGAAAGUGUUAUUCUAUUGUUAAACAGUGCAAUAAAAAUUUAUACAAAAAUCUAUUUAAACAUCUCUAGAUGGAAUCUCAAGGAGUUUUAAACUUUCAUUAAGUUUACCGAACCGAAGGGAUUAAAUCGCAUCAGAUGGAGGUCCCAUUGUAACGUUUAUUUCUGUACGUUGUAAAAAUAAGUUUAGUAAGCUAUUAAAAAUGGCAGAUAUAACACUAUAACCAUGCGAAUAUUUCUACAAACCAUCUAAAGUUCCCAUCUUGUGGAGGCAGAACAG